UCUCCUAUCAAGAGUCCUGGUUUUAUUUCGACUAAGAAUGCAGCUCACAUAAUGGAAACUGCUGCGAGCAUCAUUCGGCCUAGCCCACAAGCUAUAACUAAAGCCAAAAUGCCUAUGAUUGGUUCAUCCUCAGUGCCGGUGAAAGUUCAUGAUUUCAAAGAACGAAUGGAGGCUGUGCAGAAAAUGCCUCCGGUUGGAUCUUCUUCCCUGUCUUUGAAAGCUCGAGAUUUAAAAGAGAAAGCAGAAGCUACACAAAAAACGUUGAGGCACCCUGAAAGGACUAGAAGGCCAGCUGAGUCAAAUGCAGCCAAGUAUCUUAAAGGACAAUCUUUGAACAUGAGCUGGAAUGGAUCUACAGAGACAACAUCUCCCAGGACUUCUGAUACCAAAGAAAUCUCUUCUGCUUUAAAGAGUAAGGGGAAGUCGGUUUCACUUGCAAUCCAAGCUAAGUUCAAUGUGCAGAAAAGAGAAGGAUUGGCUUCGAGCAGCACCCAAAGUUUGUUAGGGCCGAAAAACCAGAGUGAGGUUGUGUGUAGUCAACCCUUCAAAAGCCAACUGAUUACUCAAAAGACUUUUCAUAAGAAACCUUCACAACAAAAUUCUUCUGGUGUACUCAGGCAGAACAAUCAGAAGCAAAACUCUAUAGCCGAUAAGGAAAAAUUACCUUCAAAGCCCACGUGUUCCAACUUGCGAAGCAGAAAAGUGCUCCCUGGGGACUCUGCAUUCGGGCAACACAGAAUGUCAGGAAAAGCUGUUGGGAACUCCAAAACUGGCUCGAGGAAGUCGAGUUUAGUUACUAGUACAAUGGAUGGGGGGAAAGGAGGUGCAUAUUCCUGUACAAAGAAUCCGAGGAAGAAAAGAUCGAUAGAUAGCGAUAUCCAUUUUGAGAAAAAUCAGGUUGUUGAUAGUGUGUUGAUUGAUAAAAACCAGAAGGAAGAUCAUCCUGUUAACGGAAGGAGCUUCAGCUGGGUUAAAGAUAGCAAGAAGAAAGGCAUGGAUGUUGUCUCAUUCACAUUCACUGCCCCACUUACCCGUCCAAUGGAAACAUCUGCUCAGGUUGCUCAGAAAAAUAGCGGCUUUUGCAUGGAUAAUCAACGUAAGAGAUUCUUGCUUGACACCGACGGUAUGAAGUUGUCUUCAUCAGGAUAUAAUGUGAUCGGGGGAGAUGCUUUAAGUAUCCUUCUGGAACAAAAGCUAAAGGAAUUAACUAUUGCUAUCGAAUCAUCUAGCCAAAAGUCUCUCAAUUCAGGAUCGGCUUCUGGUUCUAUAUCGUUUUCACAAGAUAUGGGGCAUAGCACUCCUAAUGCUUUUACUAGCUUGCCCAGGUUACAAGAUAAACUGGGUAGUUGUUACAGUUCCAACCUGUCCUCCGCUGAUCUUCAACUGCUUCGAUUGAAACAAAAACUUCAGGGAGGAGCUGAUGAAUGCAGUAGUAGCUCUCUUGAUGCGUUGCGACCUAGUCCUGUUUCUAUCCUCGAGCCUUCUUUUUCAAUUGAAAGCUGCAACUCUUCAGAUAGCACAGACAGUUUCAGCAUAGAAGGAAGUAAGCUGUGUUCAUCUGUUCAACCUCAGGAAGUUCUUGGGCUAAGCGCUUUAAAGAAGUUGCGGCCGGUAGAAGCUGAUACAGAGUUAUCAGAUUCAGCGUCUUCCAUGUAUUCAAAAACAGUGGCGAAAAGUAAUGAAAAUUUUGUCUCCGUGAAAUCAGUCAACUGGGAACUAGAAUAUGUGAAGCUAAUAUUGUGUAAUGUGGAGUUAAUGUUCAAGGACUUUGCCUUGAACCGUGCUCGUGAGACUAUAAAUCCUCAUCUUUUUGAUCAAUUGGAGAGCCGAAGAGGUGGAUUCAGAUGUGAUGGUGGUGGGGAGUCGAGGCUAGAACGGAAGGUACUAUUUGAUUCAGUCACUGAAUGCAUAGAUUUGAGAUGCAGACAGUUUGUGGGUGGAGGAUACAAAAUGUGGACGAAAGGGAUGACGAUCCUGAGAAGAAACGAGCUGCUAGCUGAAGAAGUGUACAAGGAGAUAUGCGGGUGGAGAGGCAUGGGAGACUGCAUGGUGGAUGAGCUUGUGGACAAAGACAUGAGCAGCCAACAUGGAAAAUGGCUGGACUUCGAAGUCGAUGCAUUCGUACUCGGAGUCAACAUCGAGGAUCAAAUACUGAAUGCUUUGGUUGAUGAGAUGAUUACUGAGUUCUCUUGAGGUUUUAAAAGCUUUUUGUCAGUGAUGUCCGGUCGAUGAUUGGCAGAAUUUGAUUAUCAAUGGCUGCCAAAUAUUGAAAGCUUUUUUGGUGGUAGAAUUUGAUAAUCAUGGCAGCCAAAUAUUGAAAGCCUUUUUGGUGGUA